AUAAAAGUAGGAAGCUAUUACUAGUUGAAACGACACAUGUCAAAAGAGGGGUUGAUCAAGCUCUCUCUGGUGAAGAUUUUUUGACAUUAGAAGACGGAAUCAAGUUCUGCAGAUGGAUGGCUAAUCAAAAGAGGACCUGCUCAACAUGCCGAAAGGACCUCUUCUUUCACUUCGCGACUCUUGACAGGAGCCUCUCUUGGUUCUUCUGCAAAGAAACUCGUAUCAGCCUAUCAGGACACUCAGCAGCCAUUGAUAUCUCGCAUUGUCAAAAAAUAAGGAAAUCUUUACAAAGGGGCAGCUGCGAAGGAAAUCUCUAGGUAAAUAGCAUUGUUGAAUCCAGGAAUAAUGAAAGGAUGUACUAUAGUAAAUAUAAUUGUGUGACAAUUGAUUCUUUUAUGUCCUUUUUGAUCGAAUGAUCAUUUGCAAGUCGUGAAAUGAUUGUCUCACGAGGUUAGAGAUGUUUGCCAGCGCCCAGUAGCUCUGCUAAGAUUCUGAUUAUUAACUUGACAAUACCAGCAUGCUAUAACCCAUGUGUAGAAGCAGUACAGCAAUGAAAAAGGUACUUCUAACUCCGCCCAUCCAUUACUGUCCCCACACAGCGCAUAUUUUCUCCAAGCAUGAGCCCCAUCGAUUCCAAAUCCCAAUCCAUCAAUCAAAUCCAUGAUCAAAAUUAGUAGAGCUGUCAGCUAACCAAGGGUCUCCAGCUUACCUUCCAUGGUUAGUCAAGCUGGUCCAACGUUAGUGACCAGUUUCAGAAGGCAACUAAGUUUUGUAUACAAAUACUAUAUAAAGCUAUUUCUUUUGACUAGCUAAGCACCCUAGUCUGGCAGAUUCGUGCUUUAUCAGCUUAGCUUGUUUAUGCCUUUCUAAUCAGCAAGUCAAUUCAUCAUGUUCUACACCACUUAUUGUGAAGCUUAAAUUCCAACCGAAGACUGUUAUACUUAGAAGAGAACCUUGAAGCCUGCAAGAAAUGCAAAGAAAUGGAAAACCCAAAGGCGCCAGCGAAUCAGCCUGAGCCAAGGGACACUUACAAAAUUGCUUACAUGAUCCAUUUCUUGCUUGGUGCGGGCAAUUUGCUUCCAUGGAAUGCUUUUAUCACAGCUGUUGAUUACUUCGGUUAUCUCUACCCUGCCAAGCAUGUGGAAAAGGUUUUCUCUGUAGGCUAUAUGAGCUCUUCUAUGCUAGUUUUAGUUGUUAUGAUGAGUUCGGGUUGCUGCAGCCGAAAGUUGACUCAUAGAUUUAGAAUGAACAUGGGAUUUUCCAUGUUUAUUUUCUCCCUGUUGGUUGCUCCAACUAUAGACUGGGCAUGGCAUAGCAGCUCGUCCAAAGAACGACAGAAUGCAGCCUAUUUCGUGACAAUUGCAGCAGUUGUAAUAUGUGGUUUAGCAGAUGGCUUGAUAGCAGGAAGCUUAAUAGGAUCAGCAGGAAAGCUUCCAAAACAGUACAUGCAGGCUAUUUUUUCUGGAACUGCCUCUUCAGGUGUGCUGGUUUCCAUCCUGAGAAUAAUAACAAAGGCUUCACUUCCACAAACCCCACAGGGCCUCCGAGCAAGUGCUCAUUUCUACUUUAUAGUCAGCACCACUAUCCUGCUUUGCUGCAUUCUCUGCUGCAAUUUGCUAUAUAAGUUACCAGUUAUGCAACAGCAUUACAGACUUCUUCGAGAGGACCCAUUUUGCUCCAGGCCUCAAUUUUGGACCGUGGCAAAAAAGGUCUGCUGGCCAGCUCUCGGGAUUCUCAUGAUAUACAUAGUGACCCUCUCUAUUUUCCCCGGAUUUAUAGCCGAGAAUCUUGAAUCCAAGCUUCUUCGGGACUGGUAUCCUGUUUUGCUCAUCACAAUGUAUAACGUCGCAGAUUUCAUGGGAAAGUCUCUGACUGCAAUAUAUGUUCUACAGAGCAUUAAGAAAACUACAUGGGCUGCCAUAGCUAGGCUUUUAUUCUAUCCACUUUUCACUGCUUGCCUCCAUGCACCAAAGUGGCUCAAGGGUGAAGUGCCAGUAGUGGUUCUUACAUUUAUGCUCGGAUUAACUAAUGGAUACCUAACAAGUGUGUUGAUGAUCCUAGGCCCCAAGACCGUCCCAGUUUCGGAAGCAGAACUAUCAGCAAUUGUAUUGAUCGUGUUCCUGGGAAUUGGUUUGGUCAGUGGUUCACUUGUUGGUUGGUUUUGGAUCAUUUGAUCCUCUUCCUGAGCUCCCCUUGUCUCCGACUCAUGUAGCUAGUUUUCUUUGGAAAAAGAAAAGGUUAGUUCUGCUGUGUGCUGAUUUCGCAGACCUGAAGUCCACUCUUCAUGUACUCAAAGCAAAGAUGAAAUCUGAAUCUCUCUGCAGAGUCUGUGAAAACACCAAAAAAAUAGAGCCUCUGUAGUGUUAUUAGUUGGCAACAAAGGUGCUAAGGAAAAUCUAUAAAAAGCUUUGGAGUUUGUCUUCUUUAGUAAUCCCACAUUUGAGUAAUUUGAUCUCUUUUACUCGCCUCCAUGCCCUGCUUUAUGUCUCUAACGAAAAUCAAGAACUCUAAAGUUGGAUUAAGCAUCCACCACCUUUGAUUAAUUAAGUCAAAAAGAUUAUGUAAAUAGGAUUGAAUAU